UUCUUCGUUUUGCUUUUGUCAAAAUCAACGAUUUCUGACCCUCGCACGUGUUGUUUUCUUGUUUGAUUCCCAGUCUUUUUUCAAUUCAUUCAAUUUUAGUUUAAUUCUGUUUUAUAAAUAUUAAAUAAAAAUACACACAAAAUGCCACCAGUUAAAAAAUCUAAAAAACAAGCUAAAACAGCAACUCCUCCAGCAGCAGCAGCCAAAGAUGCCUCAGCUGGACCUGAAGAAGAGCAACUUGCUAUCUCCGGACAGUUGGAUAAAAAAAUGAAAAAAAUCAAAUCUCGCAUCGAUCGGCAGCGUGGUGUUGUUUGUAUUCGACAUUUGCCUCAUGGUUUCUUUGAGGAACAGCUAAAAAGUUACUUUGAACAAUUUGGCACCGUUACCCGGUUACGGUUGGCUCGAUCCACUCGUACCGGUGGCAGCAAAGGCUUUGCCUUUGUCGAAUUCGAAUAUCCACAAGUCGCCGAAGUUGCCGCCCAAACAAUGGACAAUUAUUUAAUGUUUCAGAAAUUGGUUAAGGCUCAAUAUAUUCCACCAGAGCAACAAAAUUAUAAUUAUUUUAAGUCGUCAGUUAGGAAAGUUGUAAACAAAGUUGGAAAGCCAAUUUAUGUUUCUGGCAAAACUGCGUCAAUCCAAAAGAGAAAUAUUGAGCAUAAUAAUUGGACUGAUGAAGCUUAUCAAAAGAGAAUUGCUUCAAGCAUUCGAAAGCUUGAGAAACUCAAGGAAAAAUAUGCCCAUUUGGGAAUUGAUUUUGAUAAUUUUACAGUCAAACCAAAUAUUCAAUCUGUCGAGGAGAAAGAGACUAAAAAUAAGAAAAAGUCUGCUUCUGUCAAGGCACCCGAACCGGGUAGCACAGUUUUACUUAAAAAACGCAAACAAACUGAAGAGAAAGUCGUCGAAGUUGAUUCGAAGAAAUCGAAAAAGACAAAAGGAAAAAAGAUAAUCGAAUUGAAGGACCUUCUUGAUAAUACACUGCAGGAAGAAGCUUCAUCAGACGAUGAAGAAUUCAUUCCAACUGGUGUCGAUGAAGAUGUGUCGACUUCAGAUGAAGAAGAUUAUGGUCUUGAAGAUGAUGUUGAAGAAGAAAAAGAAAAGAAACCUUCAAAGAAAGUAACCAAACCUAAUAAAAAAGUUGACCGUGAAGCUGAGUUACUGAAAAGAAAGACAAAUGUUGGUGGAAUUAAAAAAUCGAAACAAGUCUUGAAAGAAAAAACAUCUAAAAAGCCAGUUGGAACGGCUAAGAAUGCUUUGAAAGUUGAAGCAGCUAAAGAUAUUAAGCAGUUGGGGCAGAUGAAACAAAUGAAGAAAAAAGACUUUAAUAAGUCAAACAAGAAGAAGAGGUUGUAGAUUUUUUAAGGUUUUUUUUUGUCAGUAAAUUAGGUUUUGUAAAUACAAAAGGUUUAAAAUUCUUUUUGUCUUCUUUUUAAAU